UGCGUGUGUGGUGAGUGAGAAAGAGACAGUGAAGUUGUGGUGAGAGAGGCAAUGCGGUCCCCGAUGUGCUUAGAUAUAAAAAGGCGGGCCACCACGGCGAACUUUUUAAUAAACUCCUAACCGUCGACUGGUAAGGACAUCACAGUGUGUAUCGUAACGCGUGUCUUAUUAGUGUUCAAUAAUGGCUCGUACUAAGCAAACGGCUCGCAAAUCCACCGGUGGAAAGGCGCCUCGUAAACAGCUCGCAACGAAAGCGGCACGUAAGAGCGCACCAGCCACCGGCGGAGUGAAGAAACCUCAUCGCUACAGGCCCGGAACUGUCGCUCUCCGUGAGAUUCGCCGUUACCAAAAGAGCACCGAGCUUCUUAUUCGCAAGUUGCCAUUCCAACGUUUAGUUCGUGAGAUCGCGCAAGAUUUCAAGACUGAUCUGCGUUUCCAGAGCUCUGCUGUGAUGGCUCUUCAGGAAGCAAGCGAGGCCUAUCUCGUUGGUCUUUUCGAAGACACGAACUUGUGCGCUAUUCACGCCAAACGUGUCACCAUCAUGCCUAAAGACAUUCAGCUCGCACGUAGAAUUCGCGGCGAGCGCGCCUAAGAAGAUUAUUUUAUAUUUUUUAUCUUCAUAUUUGAAAUGAAAAAAGGCCCUUUUCAGGGCCGCAUAUAUAUCUAGACAAAAAUUCAAGUUUCUACGAUAUGACUGAG